AUGGCUCCUUUCUUCAGAAAGCACAAAAAGUCAGGAAGUACUUCAAACUCUCAAAAGGAGACUCCUGAGAACAGCAAUCAUGCUUUCAAUCAGGAUGUUCAGACCCCACAGCGUCGUGUCACGGGCGAGAGCGAGUCCAGCCUCAAGACUGACCUGUCAUCACCAGCUACGCCAAUCAACCCCUUUCUGAAAAAAAAUCAAAAUCAAAAUCAGAACCAAAAUCAUCAGAGGCCCCCACAGGCUCCGAGUUAUCAACACGGUAUCAGUACCCCCCCUACACAGUAUUCGAAUUUUGCUUCUCCCAACAGUUAUCCUUCAGUAGCCACUCCUUCAGUUAACACUCCACCUACUAGCGCACAACAUGGUAAUUUACCACGAUCUGCAGGAAACUACAAUAAUGGGUCUUAUAGCGACCUUUCCCCGAGAUACUCUCAAGGCCAGCAGAUCCACAAUCCACAAAUUCAGCAGCAUCAGCAACAUCAGCCGAUGCCCCAGGACGCCCCUCAGAAGAUUGGCAAUUAUCGUUAUCCUCCCCCAGUUUCUCCCUCUACCAGUUCUCCAAGUAAUGCCGCUAGCCGUGGCUUGCAUCAUCCUUCUGGAAAGCCACUUCCUACAGUAAGCUACAAUACUAUGAUUGCGAAGACCCUAGAGCCUCCAACGCCAACUCCAUGGACAAAAAAAUUCCUCUAUAACUCUCCGUUUCCAAGAUUUAUGCAUACAGCAUCGUCUUUCUUAACUGAGAAUGGCAGUUUUUUUGUGAUGGGUGGUUUAAGAGAUGCCAAUGUUUACGGCGAUAUCUGGAUUUUGCAACCAACGAAUGCGAAAAGCUCGUCGAAUGAAGAUUCUGGUCCGUCAAAUUACUGCUAUCUUGCUAAGCCGAUCGAAAACUUCGAAGGAAUCCCUGCUCCAAGAGUUGGCCACAGUUCUGUUCUCAUUGGCAAUGCUUAUAUUGUUUUUGGAGGUGAUACCCUUCAAACCAACGAGAUUGGCGAACUAGACAAUAAUCUUUAUUUUUUCCAUGUAGGUGCAUACAAAUGGACCAUCCCCAAUCCGACCGGAGAGAAACCAACCGGAAGAUAUGGGCAUACCAUCUCCAUCAUUACACUUUCUUCUGAUCCAGAAAACAUCCAGGAAACUACCCCGUACUUGUACUUAUUUGGCGGAAUGUUGGAUAACGAUAUUCACAAUGAUAUGUGGUCAUUUGAUCUUUCAAACUUCCGUCGUACUCAAUGGAGUAAAGUUAUACCUUCCAAAGAAAGUCCCGUGCCCCCAAGACUCACGAAUCACACGAUGUCUAUCUUCGAUGAGAAAAUUUACAUUUACGGAGGAUUUGAUGGGGUUAAGCUAUCUAAUAAGUUAUGGAGCUUUGAUCCAACAGAAAAGAUUUGGGAGAAUAUACAAUUAAAGGGAUACCAGCCUCCUGCUCUUAGGGAACAUGCAGCUGCCACUUUCAACAAUCUAUUAUUCAUCUACGGGGGUAAAGAUAAAAAUGAUAACCCAUCAGAUGAGUUCUUCUGUAUAAACUUGGAAAAGUUUAUCUGUUUCAGAAUAAAGAACGACGUAUUUUCUAGUCCAGGGAAGCGUAUGGGGCAUUCCUUAACUGUUGAUCUGGCACAAGAAAAGCUCAUAAUUGUUGGUGGUGACCCUGAUGAUAGCGAUCUAACUGAUCCCUAUGUUCAAAAGGACUACGUGUUAGAAGGUGCGAACCUGGCUUAUGACAAAACUGUUCUUCAUGAAUUUGAUCUGAACAAGUUACCUAACUUUAUUAUACAAGAGGAUUUGGAACUAGCCGCAAAACCCAGAGAGCAGGAGAUAUCCAAGGAGGACAGUCCAACACAGGAGAAGGAAAUUGCCGAAUUUUCUUCACUGAAUGAAAAUGAGUUUACAUCUUCCACCCCGCUUACUACCCCAAAUAAACAAGACAUUUCUUCCCCAACUCAUAAGGAAGAAUCUCCGAGUAACUCGCCUGAAAUGUUGACCUUUCCUAAUCACGAAGAAAUGGAGUUAUCUCCUACCAAGCCGUUGGUCAAUCCUGCAGAGCAUAAAUUGUCAAGUGAAACAGAGGAAUCAGUGGCAAAGAGUACUACUACUUUGAAUGCGUCUUCCCCCCGAACAGCGAAUGGAGUUCAGUCAGAGUCAAGUUUUUUGAAACAUUAUGCUAACGUUACCGAUAAUGGUGAAAUUGACAAUGAAAACGAAGCAGAUCCCACUGAAACUGAGGUCAAGUCAGUUCCUAAAUCAGAAUAUGACGAACUUGUCCAGCUCGUUGAUCAACUAAGGUUCACUCUGGACUCCAAAGUGAAAGAGGCAAACGACCAAGUUAUUAGUAUCGAGGCCAAAAAGAAUAAAGAAAUUGAAGGGUUAAAGAUCCAGCUUGCUGAUGUAAAAAGCCAGAUCCAAACUCCAACGAUACCAGUUUCUUCUCCAUCCAAUGCUAUUAUUGCAGGAUCUCUAUUCAGUAAAUCUACAAGCACACGUGCGAUUCAGGAGGGGACUGAAGCUCCCGAGGAUCAAAAUGUUACCGAUGAAAAUAGUGAAGCAAAGGAGGGUGCAAUUGAGGAUAAAACUAUUGAUACCGCAGAGACGACUACUGUUGGACUCAAAAGACAGGUGCUUACACUCCAAAAUAAGCUUGUACAUCUAGAAAAAGAAAAAGUUGAACGAGAUUCUCAACUUACCAAAUUUAAGCCCCUUUUAGAUAAUCAAAUUGUCGAGCUUACCAGCUUGAAUAGCCUUAUUAAGACACAGGAGAGUAAGAUAUUAGAGUUGGAAGACUAUGUGAAGGACCAAACCAGCCUUCAGAAAGAGAUUCUAGAGUGGAAGAAUAAGUACGAAGAAAUCCAACUAGAACUAGAAGAAUCCAAGAAACUAGCCUUUGCUGAUAUAUCGAUUAAUGGUGAAAAAAGUAUCAAUGGUGAGGAGGGUGACGAAAACAAGGAACCUGUUGGAAUUCACAAAUCUGUGCAUAGAAUCACUCAAGGUAUUGACAACUUGAUUAAUGUGUGGUCUGGCCUAUCUACGGAGACAGGACCUCUUGAUGAAUCCGUAGACACUGACGAGGAGGACCUCCCAACGAGACUUCAAAAACAGAUUGACCAGUUAUUAGAACUUAAUGCUACUCAAGAGGAAGAGAAACAUGCAUUUAAGGAAGAAUUGGAUACCUUGAAAAAUGAAUUAAGUGAUGUUUCUAAAGAAAAGGAAGUUCUGGAAACUAAAUCGGUCACGAAUAGAGACCUCGAAACAAAUUACAAGCAAUCAGUACAGAGUCUGAAAAACACACAUAAAGCUCUCAAUCUGUCUCAGAUUGAGCUGGAGAAGCAGAAGGAUUUGAAUAAGAAGCUCUCUUCUGAGAUUGAAGAACUUCGAUUGUUCAAGUUAAACAAGAGGAAUACCUCCAGAAAUGUAACACCGGUUAUUGUGAAUGAUUCUGAUAGUUUCCAAAAUGAUACCAAUGAAAGCAAAGAACAACGAAAUGAGGACGCAGAUGAUGACGAUGAUAAUAACGAGUUGAACGAUCAUUACGACUUAAAGAUAAAAGAUCUCGAAGCAGAUUUAUUCAUUUUGAAGCAAGAAAGAGAUCAACUCAAAGACGAAGUACACCAGUUAAAAAAGACUUUGUACACAAAGUGA